AUGACGCCGAAGCGGAAGAAGCCCUUUGUGGCAAUGUUGGUCUUUGCCUGCCAAGUUCAGGUCCAGGGGGGCCAGUGCGACGGAACGCAGAUGAACAAAGCCUCCUUUUCAGACGAUGUCGUCGGUGUGGAGAGCCUGCUGUCGUUAGGCCACGAUCCGAAUGCUCCGGCGCCCCCUGGGAUGGACUGCUGUGGCAUGAGGCCGCUGCACUGUGCUGGAAUCGGCAAUGCUACAAGGUCUGCCAAAGUGCUGAUCGAUGCAAAGGCAGAUGUCAACGCCACGAGCACGGGCCCUGUUUUUUCUGCCCUACAUUCUGCCGCCUACUGGUGCUCUCCAGGAGUUGCGGAGCUCCUGCUGAGAGCUGGAGCAUUCGUGGAUGCUCGAAACCAAGAAUCCCGGACACCUCUGAUUGAGGCAGCAAACUCUGGCUGCGCGGCCGUUGUUGCAAUUCUGGUCCGAUGGGGCGCAGAUGUGGAAGCUGCUGAUGCACCUGACGGCCGCAGGGCCAUGCAUUGGGCGGCAGAGCGAGGGUCCACAGAAACGAUGCAAGCCUUGCUAAGGGCUGACGCCUCGCCAUGCAGCCCUAUUCAUAGAGCCGGCUGUACUGGCUGUGUCGGUAGCACACCGCUGCACAGAGCUGCGCACAAGGGCAAGGUUGAAGCGGUGCGUCUCUUGUUGGAACACUGCGAUGUGGACUCCAUCGACAGUUACUAG